AGACUGACGACAACCAAUGGUCUACGCGUUAUGUGAUAAGAAAACAAACCUUUUACACAUCAAGGACAAUCGGACAGGCGACUAAACAGCCAGCAUGAUAGGGAACAUACUGCUCCUUUUAAAUAUAGUAGGGGCGCUGAUCCAAGCGUGUCCGUCAGGUUGGACUGCACACGGAGAACGUUGCUACUUCUUCAGCGUGGUGGUAGGAUCUUGGGCCGACGCUGGUAGUUACUGUCGAAAUUUCCGCGGAAAACUUGCAGAACCGAGAGAUUCAAUAGAUGUAGUUUUCCUAGACGGAGAGGUUAGAGAUAAACAUGUAACCCAAGGUGAAUACUAUUUAGGAGGGGCCGACUUCUUUGUUGAAGGAGAAUGGGAGUGGGCCAGUUCAUUUGAUUCAAUCACCAACUCGCACUGGGGUCCCGGGGAACCAAACGACCAUUACGGGAGGGAGGAUUGCUUGGCCUUAACACUGUCAGGUUUUUGGAACGAUGUUCCAUGCAAUACGUCACUUCCGUUUGUCUGUGAAAUUGAAAACGACUACAGCCAGGGGACCAUUGGGUAAAUCAAAGGAGAUAAAUAUUUGUGAGCAUUUGAUUCAGAAAAUAAAGCAAACAAAA